AGUCGCUCCCAGCGUCGGGGCGCCGGGCGCUCGGCCGCGGCGAUGGCAGGCGGGCGGCGCGCGCGGGGAGGCGGGCGCGGGGCGCGGAGCGCGCGGGGGCGGGGGCGGGCUCGGGGAGCCCCGGGGUGCCGGACGCUGUGAGGCGGCGGUGGCACCCGGGAGCCCGGCCUCGGGCAGCGCCGUCGCCGCCGCCGGGGGCGUCGCCGGCCUCGGCCCCUUUGUUCUCGCGCGCGCCCCCUCGCCGCCCACUCCCCUGCUGUCGCGCGGCGGCGGCGGCGGCUCCUCCCGCCCGAGGCGGUUGAGCUCGGCGCCGGGGGCGGGAGGGGGCGGGGAGCGCGCCAGCCGUGGAGAGUGGGGGGCGAUGGCGAAGCUCAGGGUGUCUUACGAGUACACGGAAGCCGAAGACAAGAGCAUCCGGCUCGGCUUGUUCCUCAUCGUCUCCGGCAUCCUGUCGCUCUUCAUCUUCGGCUUCUGCUGGCUCAGUCCCGCCUUGCAGGAUCUGCAAGCCACGGCGGCCAACUGCACCGUGCUGUCGGUGCAGCAGAUCGGCGAGGUGUUCGAGUGCACCUUCACCUGUGGCACCGACUGCAGGGGCACCUCGCAGUAUCCCUGCGUCCAGGUGUACGUGAACAACUCCGAGUCCAACUCCAGGGCGCUGCUACACAGCGACCAGCACCAGCUCCUGACCAACCCCAAGGACCCUGUCACCAGUCCCUUCAUGUAUGGUCUGUUUCAUCUUCCAAGCCGCCAUUUUUCGAAGUGUGGCCAGCAUUCAAGCAGCAUCAGCGCCAUCUGUGGGCUGGACAGAAAUGCUCAUGCUCUGGUCUCAGCCUCGAUUCCACCCAAGUCCCAUGGUCAAAUCCAACCAUAGCGCAUAGAAAAAAAAAAGAAAAAAAAAGAUUUAUAGGCUGCUGUGUAGUUGCUUGCUAAGCAUGCACAAGUCCCGGAAUCCAAAGACAAGAAAGGAAUGUAAAUCUGUAGAACAAAAUUUCUAAAUAGGAAUUAAACAUGUUUAUGUGUAUGUGUUUAAGAAUAUGUAUUAACUGUAAAUGGACCAAAUACCCCAGUUAAAAGACAGGGAUUGUAAUUCAGGAACAUCAAAAUCAAAUAUAUUAUAGUUUUAGGAGUAACACUUUUUUUUUUUUUUUAAGCAGGGAUAUUGAGAGUAAAAGUGAAGAAAGAGACAUGUGCCAUACUAACAAAAGGAACAAAGUGGGAACAACCAAAUAGAGUUCAUGUAUGUGUAUGUGUGUGUGUGUGUGUGUGUGUAUACACACAUAGAUAGAUAGGUAGGUAGGUAGGUAGAUAGAUAGAUAGAUAGAUAGAUAGAUCUGUAUUUUAUGACUUGGGCUUUGCUGAUGUGGCUUUGAAGGACUUUGCCAAACCCUUCCUCUCAGCCUGUUAUGAGGAGGUAGAAUUGCUUUGAAGGUUCAGACUAGGGAGGUAACCAAGUCUUCCUUCAGGAUAUCAAGGAACCGGACUGUGACGACCAAGAGAGUGGGAUCACAAGUGUAUGAUACCCUUGGAGGAAGUCUGAGUCAGCCACAAUGGGAAGGUCACAAGCCAAACCCUAGACAAACACGCUCCCCACUUGUGUGACUUCAGUAAGACUCAUCACCCGAGUGAGUAGUGGAAAUCCACCAAAGAACUCCAAGACCACAAAACCAACUUGUGCACAGUGCAGAGUCCCUGAAGUCAGCAUGGAGUGAGUGUCACCUUGACAAGCUUCCCGUGGGACACAGUAAUGAGGGGAGCUGAGCUUCGGGGUGUAGAGUGUCCUCGCUGGUCACCAUGGCAACACAUGCAUAUUGGAAUUAUCUUUACCCUUUCUGUAAGUUGUACCGAAAGAAACAUCCACCGAGAUCCUUUAAUUUGUAUCAUUUCUUUUUCAAAUAAGGAAAUGAACCCCCAACAGACGAACAAGAAACGAUCAGCUACUAAACCACUGAAGGCCACGCGUUAAUGUUUUUAAUAUUGAAAUCCGUACUCUGAUUUAUUGACUGAAAGUGAGUUCGUGGAGACAUAAGAGAACUCAUUAUGAUAAUUAAUGGAUAGAGGUGUCUUUGGCAUAAUAAUAAAUGUUUUUAAACUGA